ACCAGAAGAUACACUUUUAAAAGCAGUGAAAAUGUUUCGACUUUCGUUCAUCAUCCUAGCCGCUAGUUUCUGCACUGAAAUAUCUGUAUCCUUGGCUGACGAGCCGGUGAUUAUACCUUUCAACCUGACGACUUUUGGCGGCGACAUCGAGAGGAUUCAGUCGCUCCACAAUAAAAGUUGGCCUCUAGUUGGAAAAUGCUGUCCGCUUGGCCAGCUCUAUCGUAUUAACAGCGAUGAUAAUCCGGCUAAUAAUCGAUGCGAAGACCCCCGACCGAACGAGAAAUUCGAGUACACACCGUUGUUCAGCGACUUCAAUCAAUCCGGACUGCUGGUUCCCGGACUCAGUCAACCACAAUUCAUCGCGGUCAUCGGAAUACCUUGCCGAUAUGGAAAGUACAUAUUGGACCCGUCGAUGUCAUCGGAGGACGAGUAUCACCUGAUGGUGAACGGGAGCGUUUUCACACCGCUAAACGACGUGCGGAUGCUUCAACCUGGUCAAGACUACUGCAUGGAGCUCGUGCCCGAUGGAAGUUUGGUCGUCAUGGGCUGCUUCCAGCCAGAUUUUACAGCAAUAGUUACAGCGGACACGCGGCUCGCUAUGUACGCAGUCGGCCUCCUGAUCUCGGUGCCAUUUCUCCUGGCGACGAUCGUCUCGUACCUGAUAACACGGCAGAUCCGCGAUGUACACGGCAUGAAUUUAUGCUGCUAUUCCGGAUGUCUCGCGAUGGCUUUUCUCACCCUGGCGAUACUCCAGCUCAGCGGACAGUCGUUCGAUCAGAACGCUUGCGUCUCUGCAGCCUUCGUCAUACAGUUCUCCUUCAUCGCCUGCUUCUUUUGGCUCAACGCUAUGACCGUCGAAACUUGGCGACUUAUUCGAGAGUACAAGGCAGGCUCCGCUUGUCUCACUGGUCAACGCAGUUCGACUCGAUCCUAUAGAGUUUUCUUCUUCUAUUCGAUUUGGGGAUGGGGAUUGUCCGCCGUUCUCAUCGUCGUUUCCUUGGCUCUGGAUCUCAACCCGACGAUACCGUGGACCUACGUGAAAAGAUCGGGAAACGAGCAGCCGAGCUGCUGGUUUGGAUUGGACACGUACUCACUUCCGUACUUUUACGUACCGGUUGGCAUCCUGGUCUUCUUAAACACAACGCUCUUCGUAAUGGCUGGUAUAAAAAUGGCCCAGAUCCAGCGAGAAUUGGACCGAAACCGCGUGGCGCGUAACAGCGAGUCUGACCGUUGCGAUCGCAGAGUUUUCAAGGAGUUGAGGCUCACCUUCUUCUUCACGCUCGUCCUCUUCCUGAUACUGGUUGUCAACUGGUCAAUGGAACUGGUGUCAAUGCUCACGGAGAGCAACGCCUUCGCCUGGUCGAUAUUAGACCUGGUUAACGCCCUCCAGGGCCUCCUGGUCUUCGGUCUCUUCGUCCUCAGACCAGCGGUCCGCAUCCUUGUGUGGCGCAGGAUAAAGGAACUCGUUAGUAUCGGUUCCGAGUUCGAAUCUGACGACGACAGGGUGAACGAGAUGACCCUCCUAUCGUCCGUCAAGAACGGCACGAAUUCGACGAGGAUCGUAACUCAGUGACAUCCCUAAAUGGUAGAAACCCUUAGGUGAUUAGUGGAUGCGACUGCCAAUUAAUGCCUUAGAUGUACUUAUAUACUUAAUUAAAAUUCAUACCACAAUCACGACGGAAGGAUUUGGUAU